AUGGCGAGUCCUCAUGUUCUCUUGGUUGAGGACUCUUGUGUUGACCGUUUCGUUGCAUCGAGGCUUUUAGAGAGCUUUAGCAUUCGAGUGACUACCGUGGAAGGUCCUAAGAAAGCGUUGAAGUUCUUGGAUAUGGAACAUGAUGUGCAGUUGAUUCUCACUGAUUAUUGUAUGCCUGAUAUGACUGGUUAUGAUCUUCUGGUUGAGGUCAAGAAAUCACCCAAGCUUAACCAUCUCGCUGUGGUGAUUACAUGCACUGAGGACGUCCCUGAAAGGAUUAAAAUGUGCCUUGAUGGAGGUGAGAAGGACUAUAUCAUCAAGCCCAUAAAAGUUGUCAAUGUGUCUCGCCUUCUGAGCUACAUUUGA